AUGGAUUAUCUUACUAAAAAUGGCAUUGAUCCCCUCAACCUCAUAUCAAUAUGCACUGACAGAGCACCAUCUUUGAUUGGCAAAUCCCAGGGUUUUGUUGCCAGAUGGAUAGAAUUUAAUCCCAUCUUCACAAUUCAUUGCGUUUUCCAUCGAGAAAACCUGAUAGCAAAAAGAAGCGGAAAUAAUAUAUUUUCUGAAACCUUAGACUUAAUUGCUUCCGCAGUAAAAAAAAUCAAAAGAUCUGCUCAUCAAGACAGGCAUUUUCAAGAAGCUUGUAAAGAUGAAACGUUCAACCAUCUACUUUCUGCAGUUCGCGAACUUAAAAAAACUGUUGUGCACAAAUAUAUAAUCGGGCAUCUAUCUUUCCUUCGCGAAAACAUCAUUAUUCGUUUCGAAGAUCUUUUGGCUUUAAAUAUCCCAAUUUUUGUGGACUCUCUUCACACAAUGUCUAUGAACGAUAUACUUGUUCAACCAGAACGCGUUCUGAUGGAGCUAUGUGAGGCGACGGUAGAUGAUAAUCUGCGCAAAUCGUCUGGAAACAACUGGGUCGAGGCUUGGUUGAAUCAUUCUCACGAAUAUCCAAAGCUGUUUGAACAAGUCGAGCCUUUUAUUAUAAAUCUCCCGACAUCCUACCUGGCUGAAAAGGGAUUUUCCCUUGUCCUCCACUCGUUCACGAAGCAGCGGAGGCGUUUGAACCUUGAUAACAAAGCUGAUUUGAGAAUUCGCUUGAACCAAAAAGAGCCUAGGAUUUCUCAGCUUGUGGAUAAAAAGCAAUCCAAAGGGUCUCACUGA